AUGGGGCAAAAAGAUGAAGAGGUUGGAAAGGUCUAUCAGCUCAGCCUUCCUGAAGACCAGAAACUGAGUGUCACCACGGUAAUGGUGGGUCAGGGCGCCGUGCUCACGUGUGCCAUCACAGGAGACCAGCGGCCGCCAAUCAUCUGGAGACGCAACAACCAUGCUCUCAACAUGCUGGAGCUGGAGGACAUUAACGAUUUCGGAGAUGAUGGAUCACUGUACAUUACCAAGGUGACCACUACGCACAUGGGCAACUACACCUGCCAUGCAGACGGCUACGAGCAGCUUUUCCAAACACACACCCUGCAGGUUAAUGUGCCCCCUGUUAUCCGGGUGUACCCUGAGAGCCAGGCACGUGAGCCGGGGGUCACAGCCAGUCUGCGAUGCUACGCUGAGGGCAUCCCUGACCCACAACUCUCAUGGCUGAAGAACGGCAUGGACAUCACCACGAAACUCUCCAAACAACUCACACUUCAGGGUACAGACAAAUAA